UGUUUCACCGGAGGAAUUUGAAUGUUGCACAACUUGGCAGCCGUAUCGAUGGAGGAGCACGAAGUACAAGUGGGCACAGUUUUAUCAUAAAUAUCGCGUUUAAAUAACAAUUACACUUAAAUAAAUUGUAUGCUUCACAUCGGAACAACACGAAACCAAUAUAUCAACUGCAACAGCGUUGGAGUUUGAGCCAUGGCAACGUUGUCGGAGGAGGUGCUGCUGGUGGUGAAGAGGGUCCGACAGAGGAAGCAGGACGGGACCCUCUACCUGAUGGCAGAGAGGAUAGCCUGGGGACCAGAGGGGAAAGACCGUUUCACCGUCAGCCACCUGUAUGCUGACAUACGCUGUCAGAAAAUCAGCCCAGACGGCAAGGCCAAGAUUCAGCUACAGUUGGUCCUACACACAGGGGAGAGCACCAACCUCCACUUCUCCAAUGAGAGCACUGCCCUGAAAGACCGCGAUGCAGCCAAGGACCUCCUCCAGCAGCUGCUGCCCAAGUUCAAGAAGAGGGCUAACAAGGAACUGGAGGAGAAGAACAGAAUGUUACAGGAAGAUCCGGUGCUGUUCCAGCUGUACAAGGAUCUGGUGGUGUGUCAGGUGAUCAGCGCUGAGGAGUUCUGGGCCAAUCGGCUGAGCAUAAACAACGUGGACCACUCCCUCUCCAACAACAAGCAGGAAGUUGGCAUCUCGGCAGCCUUCUUGGCGGACAUCCGGCCCCAGACAGAUGGCUGUAACGGCCUUAGAUACAACCUUACAUCUGACAUUAUCGAGUCAAUCUUCAGAACGUACCCUGCAGUCAAACAGAAGUAUGGUGAGAACGUUCCUCAUGACAUGACAGAGAAGGAGUUCUGGACGCGGUUCUUCCAGUCCCACUACUUCCACCGAGACCGCAUCAACACGGGCCUGCAAGACAUCUUCUCAGAGUGUGCAAAGCAGGACGAGAAGGGCCUGAAGUCCAUGGUGUUCCAAGGAGUGAAGAACCCAAUGGUGGACCUGCUGUCACUGGAGGAUAAGUCGUUAGAUGAGGGUUAUGGGUCUAACUCCACAGCACCUUCUACGUCCAAUACUAACAAGACCGUGAAGGAGAACAGUAACUCUGCCAUAAUCAAGAGGUUCAACCACCACAGUACCAUGGUGCUGGCAGCAGGCUCCGGAAAGAAAGCGGAUGCUCCUAACGGUCAGGCCUGUGAGACUAGCAGUACAGAUGGAAACUCUAAGGAUUCGGACUUCUUCCAACCACCCAUUAAGAAGGUGAAAAUACAAGAUGUCAUAGAGUACGAGGACCUUCAUAGGGAGAAUGGGAAGAAGACAGUGGCUCUGAACCUCAAGAAGUCUGACAGGUACUCUCAUGGUCCCGUGCCUCUCCUGCCCCAACAGUACACCACCAGUCAAGACAUCGUCAACUCUGUCAACUGUAUAAAGCAGGAAAUAGCCAGCUACAAACCCUGCCUUACUCAGGUGAUGUCCAGCAGUACAGCCAGUUGUGCCAUCGCCGCCCUCUCUCCGGGGGGUGUUCUCAUGCAGGCAUUAGCACAGCAAGCCAUUAACCAGAUGGUUCCCAAUGACGUUCAGGGGGAGCUGAAGCAUCUGUACACGGCUGCUGGGGAGCUGCUGAGACACUUCUGGUCCUGUUUUCCUGUCAACACACUUUUCCUGGAAGAGAAGGUGGUAAAGAUGCGGUCCAACCUGGAGAGAUUCCAGAUGACCAAGCUCCGCCCCUUCCAGGAGAAAGUCCAGCGUCAAUACCUGAGUACUAACCUUACUGGUCACCUUGAGGACAUGUUUCAGAUGGCCUACAAUAAAUUCCACGCCUGGCAAACACGUCGGAUGAUGAGGAAAACCUGAGAGGGGAGAAACGCAUGGCUUUAUCAGAGAGAAUGGAAAGAAUGAAUGAACGAGUACAAGAUGGAUGGGCAGACCUUAUUCCACCUACCAGGCUGCUGUGUCAGAGGAGAGACAGAUGGCAUAGUCCCCCCCCCCCCCCCCCCCCCCCGGGGGUGAGAUGAAGAUUCAGACGGGUGCUGCUGUUGGACCUGUGGAGUUUUAGCAGGUCCAUCAGACUGCAGACUGACACACUCACUAGGUCUCAAUCACAAAUUACUCUUAUUCGUUUUUUUUUUUUUUUUUUGCGUUUUCCUCAGUGAAUGGGAUUCAUGGGAAAAUGUUGGGGUCAUGACUCUCCGCUAUAAGGUUUGAACAAACAUAGGCAAACUUCUUCUUCUUUUAAAAAAAAAAAUGUGUAUAAAACGACCAGACUUCAGAUGGGAAGUCAAAAAAGGAACUCAGGAACUGAACAGACUAUGUUAAAUAACAAUACAUUUUUAUAAGCAAAAGGACUGUGUGAUGUGAAGCUUAACUUAAUGUGAGAUGCUCUCAGUACAGAGACUGAAAGAUGGAGAGCUCAGUACAGAUGCCACGCCCUUUCCUCAGUCAUCCCAGGCCUUUUUCCCCAGUCCUCCCAGGCCUUUUUCCCCAGUCCUCCCAGGCCUUUUUCCCCAGAGCUGAGGACCGGGUCCAGGGAACCUGUCUGUACGUUGGAUGGAGGCUGGCUGGCAGGCAGUCAGGCAACUGAAUAUAGCAAUACUAUAAAGACAUUUGUCUACUGUAUGGCUACGUCCCAUAGGGCACGCUAUUCCCUAGAUAGUGCACAGCAUUUGACAAGGGCCCUCAGAGCCCAAUUGGCCCUGGGUCAAAAGUAGUGCACUGAAUAGGGUGCUAUUUGAGGUGUUGACUCUGCCCCCAAUCACACUUUAAAACUGCACUGGUAUGUAAGUCUGUUCUGUUUCUAGCUGCACUGAAGACACCGUCUGGAUGUUAACUCAAACAUUAAAGUGAAAUAUAUUAAUGUUUUUUUUUCUUUUUUUCUGGUUUUUAGCUUGUUUCUUUGUGUGUUAGUAGUUGGUGAGGCUGUUGUAUAUAAUCUAUGGGUGGAAGGUGUAGGAUGAAGCUGCCUCUAGACACUGAUCUGAGAUCAUUAUUUGCUUUUUUCCAGAAAAUUGUUUAAAUUUAGGGGAAGCUGAUCCUAGAUCUGUAGCUAGGGGGGAAACUACACCCCAGAAUGAUUUACAUGUAGUUGUGUGGUCGAAAAUUCUUUAGAAAUGCCCAAAGGUCAGAAUGAAGACUACAGUAGGCUCUCUAUCGUAGCCUGGUUAUACCAGAGUAAAUGUGUUACGUUUGGUGGUUUAACAAGGCUAUAGGCUCUCAUCAGGGCCGUAUUCACAUCUGAUCUAGGAUCAGAUGUAUUAUCUGAGAAAAGAGGAAACCCACACACUGCUCUUACUAGAAUCGCUGCUCUUCAUUAAGCUUUCCGUAUGCGUCAGAGCAGUGGGGGGGUUUCUUUAAUAUUUUUUUUCACGUGUUUAAUUGUUACCAUGUGUAACGGAUGUGAAAUGGCUAGCUAGUUAGCGGUGGUGCGCGCUAAUAGCGUUUCAAUCAGUGACGUCACCAUGCACCUGCAAAUAAAUAUAGCUCAGAUGUG